CACCUUUCCAUCUCACCUCUCCAGAAUCUUACCUCUUGACAAACCUGUCUCAGGUCAACCUCAGGUCAAGAUAUCGACAACCUCCGACUCUUCAAAAUCCUUUCUCCGCCACGGCGACUGAGGAAGGUACCAACGAUCUCAUCAUGGGUAUCAACAACACCCCUCAAACCAGCUUCGCAAGGUGAGUGGCGCUCUCACUCAUAUUCUAGGUACGCGCUAACCACCCGAGUAGCCGUCUGGGCGAAGACACCAUAACCCUCUUCGUCGGUCCUGAUCGUCAAAAGUUCACUGUCCACAAGAAGCUCAUCUGCACCUUACCCUACUUCCGCGCCGCGUUUGAAGGAGGCUUCGUAGAACGAAAUGGCAAGAUGGAUCUCCCGGAAGAGAAGCCAGAAAUGAUGGCCUUGUUUGUUGGUUGGAUCUAUCAGGGCAAGAUCGAAUCGAUCUACACCCAAAGCCAUGUCAACAACCUAUUCUAUCUGUGCAGUAUGUUGAGGAGCACACUAUCGUCACUGAGCGGAAGCUAAUCAUGACCUCUAGUUUUCGCGGAAAAGAUCUGCGAAGUACGUUUGAUGGACAUGACAAUCGACGCCAUUCAAGAUAUCUCUCUGGCCUGCAACGCGAAACUCGAGCCAAAAACCUUCUUUGACGUGUGCCAAAAUACACCCGUUCAAUCGAACAUAACGGAUUUUUGCAUUGCUUUGUAUGCUCAGCAAAUGACAACGGUACGCAUAGUUCAAUCGGAUAUGAAAUUGGCAAUGUCCAGCUUGCAAGAACUCUGGAAAUAUGUCAGAGAGGACCAAUCCUUUUUUUGCUGCUUGAUGUUCGGUUUAAACAGACAUUUUCAUUUUCGGAAAAAGUUCGAUGUUGAUAUACGACAACGUGGAGAAAUACCUUGCACAAAGCUUCCUACAAGCUGCAGAUGGCAUACGCAUGAAAUAGCUGAGAAGUGUCCCUUAGACGAGGAUGGCCAAGCAAAAGAGGGGAAAUGA